CCCUUGUCUCCUCCCAAAAUGUCUCAAGACUCUUUUCAGAGGCAAUCACCUGAACGCCGUAAGCGACGAAACGUUCUUUUCGAAGUAGAGAUUCUGUGCGCCUCCGCCUUGGAUUACAGUCGAGAUCCCGAAGCUAGUUUUAAAGUAAAAAGAAAUCUGCAUUGGUACCUUCUGCUGACAGCAUAUUAAGAAUAAAAGCUGUUUCUUUUUUUAUACUUGCAGAAAGAAGCACUGAAGUGCUGAUCUACGAUACGUUGUGUGACUUGGUGUCUUACUAGCUCUCUACCCCCACUCUUUCUAAAAAGUUUUUUGUGAACUGCUUUUCGAGGGAACUUCCUUUUGCUGCAUAUUUUCAGUCGUGGAAUCAAUGUGCAAAUCGGUGCAAAUCCGAGACAUCCCGCGUUCACCAAAACGCUGAUACCUCCUGGAGUAAUGUGCUGGCUUCCUCUGGUUGCCAUGGUGAUUGGAUGCCUCUCUGCCUCAUCCUCCUCGCUACCUCAGAACUAUCUAAGUGGUGGUCAUGUUGCCAUGCAGCAGUAUGUUACAGAGGUGACCUCUGUGAGUGCUCAGCUUAGUAAUGUGAGCAGCUCUAGGCUUCACAAUCUUGAUAACUCACCUUUGUUCCUUCCUCCUACUCCUGCACCUCCUCAUUUUCAGUCCACAAUGAGCACAGAACGCUGGGCACUAACCUCUUUUAGUAGUGGGGGACUAAGCCUAGAUGAUUCAACUGUGGAAAAUGCCUGGGGAGUUACAGAGGAGGAACUAGAGCUGAAUUCACAUCCCAGGGUCUUGUUGUCUAAGACUCCUCCAGUGAAACCACCACUGUUAUUUCUGCUUGAGGAACAGACUGAUGUAUCUGAAGAGCAACAAGUACAUGACAGCUGGCCUAGAGAGAAUGAAGAACGACUUAAUGGCACAAUGAGCAAUAGAGGAAGGCGAUUCCGUAGGUCUAAUGUGGACCCUGCACGUAGAGGUGAUCUUUCCGUCUGUGAUGCUGUCAGUGACUGGGUGACAGACAAAAAGACAGCUAUUGAUAUCCAUGGGAGGAUGGUCACUAUUGUUCCUGAAGUCCAGACUCUAACUGGACCACUUAAGCAAUAUUUCUAUGAAACUCGUUGUAAUCGAACUCACAUGAGUCGCCCUGGUUGCCGGGGUGUAGAUCGCCGACAGUGGCUUUCUGAGUGCAAGGCAAAACAAUCAUUUGUUCGUGCACUUACUGUCAGCUCUGACAAGCUAGUGGGCUGGAGGUGGAUCCGGAUAGACACAUCCUGUGUGUGUGUUCUGCUGUCUCGCACGGGGCGAACGUAAGACUGGGGUCUCCAUAAUGGAAGUUUCAUAUCUAUUUAAGGAUGCUGCUUUCUCUACCUGAUGUUUAGUUGAAAGAUUUAAAUUAAGAAAGCAAAGGUUUACGACUUAGGUGGAACUGGUAUUUGAAGGAGAACUGGUUAGCAGUAGAGAUAUUCUAACAAUGUUUAUCAAAAGAAAGAAUGGGGUUCCACAGUCUUGGUUUCUGGAGAGAGAGGAGAAGCUUUCACACUAAGUUGCACAUAAAAUAAUAUUUUACUAAGAGUAAUACAAACAUAAAGAGUUAUAUAUGAUAGGCUACCAAAGUAAUAUUUUUGAAUUAUGGUUACCUUCUGUGGAUCUGUGUGCAUCUGAUAGUGCUCUCAUAAUUCAAGUUCCAUUCCCAUCAGGAAAAUUACCUUAAAUAUCUCCAUAACAGAAAUGCAACAACCAUAGUAAUUAAGCAGUCCUGGACAACAUUUUAAGGUUAACCAUGUUAAGGUAUAGUUUUUACCACACUCCAUUAUUUAAACACUCCAUUCUUGACACAUGGCUGGGGAACAAUGCAGUUACUUUGAUCUGAGCUUUUUUAAUAAAUAAAUGUGUUAUUGUAAGCAAAUGCACUCUGGAUGUCUCUUCUCUUGUUUCUUUUUACUCUUUUCUCCUAUGCUAUUCACUGUAUCAUAAACAGGCUGUAGCUGACUACAUGGCUGGGCUGUCUCUAGGGGUGAACACAGCCCAGGGCAAGAUUAUUGUUGGGUUGAGGUGGCUGACCGGAAUUGGCUAUUGCUGAGUGAUUGUAGAAUGAUUCUUGUGUGAACUGGUGAUGCCAGGACAUGGCAGAGAGGUGAUGAAAAAGCUACCAUAGUGGCCUGCAUAGUUGUUGCUAAUGCUAUUGGUACCUUCAUUUGUUGUAUUCACAUCUUUGUUGUUGAGAACACUGCAUGUGUCCUUUAUUUCUUCAUUCCAGGUUUUUACUAAAACCUUACAAAACACUCUAACACUAGAAUUCCUGAAGCCUGCGAAAAAUCUUGCAAUCCUGGCCCACUUUAAAUCCCUUUGCACCUCU